AGAUUGAAACAGAAAAUGGCUAAGAAAAAGAAUGCUGAAAACACUACUGCGGUGGCAAAGCCCUCUUCAUUUGAGGUCACUGUAGCAGAUCUGCAAAAAUUGAUGGAAAGUCGUGGUGCUUGCAGUGUAAAAUACCUCAAUGAACGCUAUGGUGGUAUCCAAGGCCUUUGCACCAAACUCAAAACUUCUACUCAUGAUGGUAUGCCACCUCUUUUGAGUUUGGCCGGUUCCGAUUUCCAGGAGAGAAAAGAGGUCUUCGGAACCAACGUGAUUCCCCCCAAACCGCCUAAACGUUUCUGUACAUUGGUAUGGGAAGCAAUGCAAGAUGUUACCCUCAUCAUCCUUAUUGUCGCGGCCUUUGUAUCUCUUGGUCUGUCGCUUUACACCAAAUGUUUUCGGUUGGCUUUUCCUCUUCUUCUGUGUGUCUCAAGCAAUCACAUUUGCACGUCAAUUGCUUUUUUCCUUACAGACGUUGACGCAACAAGCAAUGACGAAACUGAAGGAGAAGCCGGUUGGAUUGAAGGUGUCGCCAUCUUAGUCGCUGUGGUUGUUGUGGUGCUUGUCAUAGCAUUUAAUGACUGGUCUAAGGAGCGACAAUUCCGCGGUCUGCAAAAUAAGAUUGAAUCAGAUCACAAGUUUGCUGUUAUUCGGCAGGGCCAGCUGGUACAACUCCCUAUUUCUGACAUUCUUGUAGGUGAUGUCUGUCAAAUCAAAUACGGUAAGUCAAAUCUCACUUUAUUCAAUACAUCGAAACGACCUGCAUUCUUGCUGUCAUUUAAUAAUUUAGACAAUCCUCUAUUAUAUAUUUACAUAAGCCUAAAUGAAGGAAACAUCAUAAUUCUAGGCAAAUAA